GUUUUGACCAGCCUCGAAGGCACUGGUGUCGUCAACCGAUCACCAUCAGAAGUAAUUUCGAAGUACGUCGGCCAUAAGAAUAGUCCAACUUCUCUAGAAUCCCUGUUUGGCGACGACGUCGUAAACGGACCACCGAUCAAUUCAAAGGACCGUCGCCCUUAUGCCACUGCCUCUCGCUCAAAUCUUCUCCUGCCGUCCACUCGGGGUCCUUUUCAGCUCAAUCAUCCGGUAUAUUCUAAGCACUCGCUGCGCGAGGAAGUUGUUUCCGAUGGGAUGGGGCAGCAUCUACAAGCGGCGGGUGAAAGUUUUCACGUUGGCUAUUGUAAUCUACUUGGAUUACAAGACCCUGCAAAUGAGAGAGAAAUGGACAAAGAAGUCAAAGAGGGCUGAUCUUUGGGAGAAAGCUCAUGAAUGUAAUGCUAAGCGUGUCCUCAAAUUGAUAGUGGAGUUAGAAGGGUUAUGGGUUAAAUUAGGACAGUAUCUAUCCACACGUGCUGAUGUGCUUCCCCCAGCCUAUAUAGGCCUUCUAAGGCAGCUCCAAGACUCGCUCCCUCCACGCUCCUUAAAAGAGGUUUGCCGGACUAUAAACAGAGAAUUGGGGAAAUCCAUGGAAGAUCUCUUCUUUACUUUUGAUAAUAUUCCACUGGCUACAGCAUCGAUAGCUCAAGUUCAUCGAGCGACUCUGAGUGAUGGGCAGAAAGUUGUUGUUAAAGUUCAACACGAUGGCAUCAAGGAAAUCAUAUUGGAGGAUUUGAAAAAUGCUAAGUCAAUAGUUGAUUGGAUUGCUUGGGCAGAACCACAAUAUAACUUCAAUCCCAUGAUAGAUGAAUGGUGCAAAGAAGCGCCCAAGGAACUUGACUUCAACCAUGAGGCUGAAAAUACUCGGAAAGUUUCUAGGAACCUUGGCUGCAAAAGUAAUAGUGAUGGUAACAACCUAAAUCGUGUGGACGUCUUAAUUCCAGAAAUUAUUAUGUCAACAGAGAGAGUACUCAUUUUGGAAUAUAUGGACGGCGUACGAUUAAAUGAUUCUGAAGCUCUGCAAGCUUUAGGUGUAGACAAACAAAAACUUGUUGAGGAAAUUACACGUGCGUAUGCACACCAAAUUUAUGUUGAUGGGUUCUUCAAUGGUGACCCUCACCCUGGAAAUUUCCUUGUGAGCAAGGAUCCUCCACAUCGUCCAAUUUUGCUAGAUUUUGGGCUCACUAAGGGGCUGUCAUCUUCUAUGAAACAAGCUUUAGCAAAAAUGUUUCUGGCAUCUGCUGAGGGCGACCAUGUGGCGUUGCUAUCUUCUUUUGCAGAAAUGGGACUUAAGCUGCGGUUAGACAUUCCUGAGCAAGUGAUGGAAAUAUCGAAUGUGUUCUUCCGUAAUUCAACCCCAGCAAAUGAAGCUCAACAAAACGUGAAAGCUUUUGCUGAGCAAAGGAGCAAAAAUAUGAAGGUCCUUCAGGAGAAGAUGAAACUCAAUGAGAAAGAAGUAAAACGUUUUAAUCCUGUUGAUGCUUUUCCAGGCGAUAUCAUUAUAUUCAGCAGAGUCAUUAAUCUCCUCAGAGGGCUUUCAACUACAUUGGACGUACGCAUAGUCUACUUGGAUAUCAUGAGACCAUUUGCGGAAUCUGUUUUACAAUGCAAUGUGGAUAUAGGGCCAGCAUUUAAUGCAAACUGGAUCCAUGAUACUCCAGUCCUUUCUAGUGUUGAAGGCAAGCUGCGGAAGCUCUUAAUUGAGCUCGGAAAUGCUAAUAAAGUUCUUGGAAUCCAGGUGUGUGCCUAUAAGGACGGUGAAGUAAUUAUUGACACUGCUGCUGGGGUGCUUGGAAGAUAUGAUCCAAGACCAGUUCAGCCUGAUAGUUUAUUCCCUGUAUUUUCUGUAUCAAAAGGAAUUACAGCAGGAAUGGUUCAUUGGCUGGUUGAUAAGGGGAAGCUGAAGCUUGAGGACAAAGUUGCAAAUAUUUGGCCAGAAUUUGGAUCCAGUGGUAAAGAUCAAAUAAAGGUCCAUCAUGUGCUUAAUCACACAUCUGGUUUGCACAAUGCCUUGGCCAGUCUUACUCGUGAAAACCCUCUGCUCAUGACUGAUUGGGAUCAGUGUUUGGAUUGCCUUACAAUGACGGCACCAGAGACUGAACCUGGCCAUGAGCAGCUGUACCAUUAUUUGUCUUUUGGCUGGUUGUGUGGUGGUAUUAUUGAGCAUGCAUCAAGAAAGAAGUUUCAGGACAUUCUCGAAGAAGCAUUUAUUAGACCUCUUCAUAUAGAUGGCGAGCUAUACAUUGGAAUUCCUCCAGGCAUGACCCAGAGAGUUUUGAAAAUUGUAAAAGCCAACCAUGAAAUUGGACUCGGCGUCGAGUCCCGGCUUGCGACCCUCACGUCUGACAUGGACGACAUCAAGAAACUUGCUGAUAUCAGCACACGGCGGGACCUACCAUCCACCUUCCAAUCCCAAAUCCAGAACGUGUCCCAGAUGGCAUCCACUCUCCCAGCCUUGUUUAACACGCUUAAUGCCCGCCGGGCCAUAAUCCCAGCUGCCAAUGCCCACUGUUCGGCCCGUGCCCUGGCCCGUUACUAUGCAGCCCUAGUUGACCAGGGCACAAUCCCCCCUCCACAUUCCUCUUCGACCCAGCCCAUGCUUGGCACCCACCCCCACACCCCCAAAUUCCCAUCCCCAAAGCCCGAGAAAAAAAAGGAAAAGAAAUCCAAAAAUCAUGGAAAGAAUUACACCGAAGUCCCAACCAGCGAUAUUGACGGAUUUGGCCAAGGCACGAGAAAUGAUAAGAUUUUUAGUAAUGGAAAUAUUCACGAUGCAUUUACGGGGAGUGGAGAGUACGAGAGUUUGGCGCUUGCAGGUCGGGAGUUUGGGCUUGGGUUCAAGAGGUCUUAUUCGGGGGAUGGUGAGUUGAUAGGGUUCGGGCACUCGGGUAUGGGUGGGUCGACUGGGUACUGUGAUGUGAAGAACAGGUUUGCUAUUGCUGUGACUCUGAAUAAAAUGAACUUGGGAGGUGUGACUGCAAAGGUGGUGCAGUUGGUUUGUUCGGAGCUUGAUAUUCCUUUGCCAGCGGAUUUUUACAGGUUUACGGAGAGGCUAACGAGUGAUGAUGAGUCGAAUGUAGCUGUACCUUUGAUAAAUUAGGUGAAAGCUUAUAUAGAAUUCUUUUCCCUUGGUUUUGCAAACACAGACAGUGCUGGGAAAUUAUAUUGUAAUUGCACCACAGAAUAACGAUGGAGGCCGCCCGAAUUAGUUGUUGCAUUGUUGAUUUGGUAAUGUCUGUAAUUUCUUAAUCAUUUGUUAUUGUUAUUCCUUUUGUUUUCGGUUAUGGAGUUCGAUAGAAUGAGUAUUGAAUAAGGAUUUGAAGAGAGAAAAGUUGAAAUUUUUUAAGAAAAAUAUUUUUCUGUCAAAUACCAGAAACAUGUGAUAGUGAAGUACUUGUGCCGUAUCACAGUCAUUUCCCCCAAUUUUUGAGUUGUCCAAUAACAU